AUGGAGGGAAGGGACGGUCCCAACGAUGCAGAGAUGGACUCCAUUGCAUCAGCAUUAAUGGAAAGCAAAAAGAGACUGUAUUCCGGUGAAGGAGGUAGUAACAAUAUGAACACUUUGAGGGGGAAUGCAAGAGGUGGCGCUAGGGGAAUUGUCAGAGGCAGCGUGAGGGGUAGUCUAAGGGGCAGCGUCAGAGGAAACGCGAGGAACAGUCAAAUUAAUAUGUACAACGAAAUGAAUGAAGGGAAUAGCGACUACGAUCGAGGAAUAACUAUGCACACCCUUGAUCAAUUUAGUAGUCCCAGUUACCAAUCAAACAACAUUAGUGUGGCAAAUGCGGCUACUAGUAUUUCAAAUGACGCAGGUAGCGCUAGUAAUAAUAUGAUGGGUUCUCUAAAGAAUCUCGUCUACAGUAAUAGUAACGCCGGUGGAGGUAGUCCGGGCAGCAACGAUCUCCCCACUGAUAAGUCAAGUAACUUCUCCCAAUAUAAGGAUGGCUUCCUCGACAACACGGAGGCUAGCCAAAUGAAGGGUAACAAUUUUUCCAAUCGAGUCGGAAAAAACGUAAACGUCAAUGGUAUAAACCUUGGUGGAGGUGGCCCAAAUCAUUUGGGCGCUAAUAGGAACGCAAGGGGAUUUAGAAAUCGCUUCACUCAUUUUAGCAGAAGUUCCAUGAAUCAUGGCGUCAUUAACCAAAAUGUUGGGUGGGACGAUAGGGGCAAUGUUGGCACGGUUGACGGAGACGAGCUACAAGGAGAGAAGGACAUAGACAACAACGAGGGCGAGCAGCAGCAAGGGUUCUCCUUCUACGGACGGAAUAAUCAGCUCUCCCAGAUUACGCAGCAAAAUAUGCAAAGCCAAUAUGGCCCACGGAGUGAGCUUUACCAUCCAAAUGACGAUGCGGAAGGUGCAGACAGAAGGAACAUGUCUGCUCCAAAUGAAGACAUCUAUGGCAACGCGUUGGGAGACGGGUUCUAUGACGAUGCCCAAAAAAGAAGUAACCAAGGCGUAAAUAAAGCGCAUUCUAGAAAUGUAUACGAAAAUAGGAAAUUAGUAAACAACAAAUUGUUUGCCAACGUAAGCACGAAUGGGGAGGACAACAACGUGGUGAAUCAUCUGGCGGGUACUAGAGACAUCGAUGCUGGGGAUCCCUCCAGGGCGAGUAACAACCUACCUUUUAGCACAGCCAAUGAUGAGGAAAUGAAAAAUGUGAACAACCAAAAUAUGGUGACAGACCAGACACACGCAAGUAGCAACAUACACAUGAUCAGAAACGACAAAAAUAAUACCACCAUGAACUAUACUAAUAUCGGGAAAAAGAGAAAAAAUGUUAAAUUUGAUAGUAACACGUUUCAAAAGCAGAAGCAAAAAAAAAAUUAUUAUAAGACCUUUAACGAUUCUUUAAAGAGGUAUAGCAAUAACUCUCUAAAAAUUAUCAACACGGGUAUAAAAAAGGGAGGCAAUUCAUCUUUUUAUGGCAAUCCGGAGAGUGAAAGGGGGCUCCUGGAUAUUAACUUGGGUGUGAAUACACUUGGCGGUCAGGUGCAAGCCCAUGGGAAUGACGGUGCUGUAAUGGAGGCAGCAAACAAAAGCAACAUUGCACCAAAUAGCGCCGCACCAAACAGCGCUACCGCCGGGGGAACCAAGACUAUCGCCCGAAACAAUCACGUCAGUAACUUCUACCCCAGCAUGAAGAAAAAGCCGUUUAACAACAUGACCUUCUCGCUUAACAAGUAUGUCAACUGGUAUGUAAACUUUGACCGCCUUAAAAACAAAAAAACGAAUAAUCAAAAGGUGAUAAACAAAGGAAGCGGCACAGGUGCAGCGGCAAUGGGCGGUAGGAAUGAAGCGGACGUGUGUGAUGGCAACAUGAUGAACCCGGGACAGAACUUCCCUGAUCGGAACGCAAGAAACCAGAAUGGGGAUGAAUCCUUUACCAGUUACAGAGCCGGGUCCAGCGAAUUCACCCAGGUGGGAAACCCCAGCGGGGGAAACCUCUCCGAAUUGAAUAACCUCGCCAAGAACCUCAACUUGGAGUUACUAAAAAAUUUGAGAGACAGCCUUCAAAAUGAAAUGAGCGGAAAUGUAGGCAAUAAGGAUGCCUCCAAGGUGAAGAGCAGCAUCCCCAGUUAUAUAGAGUGCCUUAGCGAGGUGUCCGAAAUUAGUGAUGAGGAGGAGGGAGACGAAAGUGAUAAGGAGAAGGAUAACAGUGCCCAGUUGGGAAGAGAUAAAAACGCCUUCCCCAAGUGGACUAACAACAUGACUGAAACGGAAGGAGCAGCAGGGAUGCGUCAGGCGAAUGGGACCUCUGCUUCACACGCUGCUAACGAAGGGGUGACACACGGGUAUGGCUCAAACCAGGGCCCCUGUGGCAAGACAGACCUAAUGCAGAGUCUGUAUAGGCUGUACAACAAUGACAGAGGAGCGGAUGCAAAUCCGAAUGUGAAGGAAGAAAUUAGUGCUGAACAAUCAGGUGGAAAACCAUUCCAAGGUGGAGUUCAAUCAAGUGAUAAUUAUCACCUCUAUGGGGAUAAGCAUUCUUUCCAACAAAUGGAUAGUGAAACAGGCAAGAAAGAGGCCCCAUUUGGAAGCCCAAAUAACAUCGAAAUGAGCGAAUUGGGGGAAGAAAACGAAGAAGAGGACGACGAAACGGAACCGUUUGAACAAAUGAGAAACGAAGAUUUGUUUAUUAAUUCAUAUAUGCCGUACCCGCCAGAAAAAUACAGUAGUAUGUACGAGCUGCACGAAAUAAAAAUCUUGUCCCCUCAUAUAUUGAAGACCAAAUUUCACAAGGAUGGAAAAAGCAGUUAUCAUUCCUCCCUAAAGGAUGGAAAAUUAAUUCUGCUACUCGACCUCGAUAACACGCUACUACAGGCCACGUCGUUCGCAAAAUUUAACAUGGAAUUGCCUUUGGAAAAUUUUGUUGAUGAAAAUGGAGAACCCGAGUUGUAUAAAUUCUUCCUACCCUAUUAUAACUUUUUUUAUUACUUAAAAUUUAGACCGUAUGUACGUCAGUUUUUGCAAAUCCUAUCCCUAUACUAUGAAUUGUCCAUUUAUACCAAUGCGACUAGAGAGUAUGCAGAUGUAGUUAUCGCUAUUUUGGACCCAGAUAGAACCCUAUUUGCUGAUAGAAUAGUUGCUAGAUGCAAUUCUGCUGAUAGGGAAGAAAAUAAAAACUUUUCCAAAAUAUAUCCUAAUGUAGACGCCAAGUAUGUUAUCGCUUUUGAUGAUCGAAAAGACGUUUGGACAGACAUUCCUCAUUCACAUAUUUUAAAAGCAGAACAUUAUAAUUUUUUCGAUCUAAGUAAAUAUGAUAUAAUUUCUCAUUUUAAAGAACCCAGCACAUGUAAGAAAAGGUUCGUUGAUAUGGAUAUGCAUCUCCAUUUCAUGACAAAAGUUCUCCUCAAAGUACACAAGCAAUUUUUCGAAAGACCACUGGAGGUAAAUGUUGGAAAACUCAUGGACGAAAUUAUGUUAAGUACGUUAAGCAAUGUUGGGGUAUAUUUUACAGGCUUUAGAAAAAACUCCAAAAAUUCCCAACAUGUACUUUCAUCAGAUUGUGAAGAUAGGCAAAAAGAAAUAGCCUUGGAAUUGGGGGCGAAAAUUUAUACAAACUAUGAUAUGCCUGGAGUUACACAUAUUAUUGCUGCUAAAAAUUGCACUGAUAAUUUAAUCAAAUCUAAGAAUGCCAAUUAUAAUCAUAUACAGAAGGUUCACACUUUGUGGCUUUACCAUUGUAGGGGUACUUUGCAGAGUGGAGACUCUACCUACUUUGAUGCCGAUGAGUUGUGCAAAAUUUACAAUAACAAACCGCCUCUGCACCCUAAGAAGGAUCACUGGUUUUUUGGCAAUAAGGACGAAAUGAGGAAACAAGAUGAUACUAGUGAAUGCGUAAAAAUAGAAAAUCUUAAAUCCAGAAUUUUUCUAGGUACAGGUGAAUACACGAACGACGCAGUUAUAUGCUCGCCACUCGAACAGAUCAACAUUAAGUGGAUUGAAAAAGAAGUUAAGUUGAGGCAAAUUUAUGACACACCCGGUGCAGCUACUUCUUCCCCUGUUGGGGUCGGAACCGACGGACAACAGCACAACAAAGACGCAAUGCGUGAGAGGACCCCACACAGUGAAAUGAGCCCCCUUGGUGAACACAUGGACGAGGAUGACAAUUUUACCUAUGAGGAUGGCAACGUGGAGGAGGAGGGAGAGGAAGCCGAGGGCGAGGGUGUCAUCUCCAGCUAG